UCUGAUGGGUGAAGCGCCUCAUCUGCUCAGGCGUUUGCAUUUAUAAACACAUGGUUAAAGUUAAACGAGGAUUGCUGUUUGAAAUUACCUUUUUUUGUGUUACUGCCAUGGUUCAUAAAUCAUUUAGCUGUUUUAAAUUGUUCAUUUUAUAAGCGUGAGGGUCGUGUGCUGUUUUUUCUUCUUCAGGAGAGUAUAAAGGUAGAAGGCUCUGUUGCAGAUCAGUAACAUCAUCUUCAUACACACAUUAAAGUCGCAGAAAUGAGAAAAACGUCUUUUUCUGUAGAAGAUAUUUUGGAUCCCAUCAAAUUCAACGGGAAACGUGAACAAGUGUGCAGAUGCCGCUUCACUGGAGAGUUCAUUGAGAGCGAGGGACAGUUUAUACAACACCGCCUUCAAAACAGACAAGAAAAAACAGCCUCUACAGAACCACAGGAAAAUGAACAUCAAAACAGAGGAGAUAUGAACUGUGAGACACAGACUGGCCUGGGUUCAACAGAGAGCUUGAGGUGCCCUGAACAGCAAACACACUGCACAGCGCUGGACCCACCUAGAAAUGAGCAUGUGGAAGAGAACAGCCAGCGCAGCCCCAGCAAACCCAAAUCCUGCAAGACCAGGCGGAUACGGACAGCGUUCACUUUCCAGCAGCUCCAUGUCCUGGAAACCCGCUUCCACUCCAGCCACUACCUCUCAGUGUGCGAGCGCUUCAGCAUCGCCUCCGCCCUGCACCUGUCCCAAACGCAGCUCAAGAUUUGGUUCCAGAACCGCCGCACCAAGUGGAAGAAGGAAAACGAGGGAAAGGAGAAAGACAGGUCUGCAGAUGAGCUUCACCGAGCCAGCCCAACCCACCACCACUUUGGUGUCUCCCCCUACUCCUCAAUUCUACACAACCCCUCCACCUUACCAUACCCAGCAAAGACCAGCUUGAGGUACACACCAGAGACUCUGAUCUCAACACUUUAUCCACAGCCACUCCUACUGGCACCUGUGUUUUAUAAUCCUCUGUUUUAAGUAUAAUGACAAAAGAUGUAUGUGUGUUAGAUACAGGGUUGUCCCAUAUGCAAGUCAGGCCUCAUAGGCAAUAUCAUAUAUUAUCCUGAUUAGGAUGGUCUGUUAGAUUGGGUGGCCACAUCCUGUUGACUAUCUGCACCACACAUCAAAAUGAUCUGAAUGUAUUCCUCUUUGCUUGAAGACAUUUCACAACUGAAAGAAAUAGAUACUGUGUUAACAAUUAUCGAUAUGAUGCCUGACUUAUGGGACACCUUGUUUUGUGUAGGUUCUAUAAAGUCUGUGCUGGGUACGUACAUGUCUGUGCACUCAGCUUUCAGGAGCACUAAAUUACUAAGUUAUAAAAUAAAGUCUGUUCCACUGAGAUCAUACUGUUCAUCAGUAUUUAUGAAUGACCUCAUGCCAGCACAAGUCUUACUGAUAGACAUGUUGGCACAGAACGCUGUUUCAAUGUCAUGGUGAGGUUAAGUGCAGUCUGCAAAGAAUGCUACAGGGUAGAUGCUUUUUGUUUAGGUAUAAUGCUGAAUUGACAUGCUAUCAAACAACAUAGGGCUGUAGUAAUUGUGCUUGUAAAUGCAUUGCCGUCCUAUGCAGUUACCAGCUUGCUACGAUUACAGAAAUUAUUCUACUAUUCUGAAGAAACCAUUGAAGAACUACAACCAGCAAUGGCAACACAAUGUAGCUCACUGCUGGGUACUGAUAUUGUACUAUUAUUAUUAUUAUUAUUAUUAUUAUUAUUAUUAUUAUUUAUUUCUUAGCAGACGCCCUUAUCCAGGGCGACUUACAAUCGUAAGCAAAUACAUUUCAAGUGUACUGUAGUUACUGCAAUGUGCAAUGGUUGG